AUGGCGGCUCCAAAGAGCGCACUUUUUGUCGUUGACAUUCAGAACGACCUUGCGUCUGACCCCAAUACACGUAUUCAGCACGCUGAACGUGUUUACGAUGCAGGGACCGAUAUAUUACGUGCCGUACGAGGACUACUAGCCGACCCAAAACCUAUCAUCGUUUUUGUACAACAUGAGGAAGCACCCGAAGACGGGCCACUUGUCAGGGGCACACAGCAGUGGGAGUUGGUUUUCAAGAACAAUCCCAAAAACACAAGAGAACUCCUCGUUUCCAAAAACCAGCGGGAUACGUUCAAGUCAAACACAGAUUUAGGGGCAGUUCUAAAGUCUGAGGGCAUCCAACAUAUCGUUGUGUUCGGCAUACAAAGUGAAUACUGCGUACUAGAAACGAGCAAGGGCGCUCUGGACGCUGGGUUUCGCCUCACGCUUCUGCAUGGCGCUCACUCGACUUAUGAUACUGCUGACAGGACCGCACUCGAGAUCGAGCAUGACGUUGAGAGUGAGCUGAGAGCGUUGGGUGCUUCCGUUAUACCAUGGGAGACUGCAAUCAUCAAGUGGAACAAGACUGGGGACUUAGGAGCGGUAUAA